AUAUUAGGGGGCUAUGUAAAUUCGUAGUUCUAAAGCUAUUGUCUCAUUUGACUUUCUGAUUGGUUGAAAGCAGGUCUAUUUGUAUAACUUGUUCCAUUGAGUGAUUCAAAAAGAGUUCUGUAGGGAGCUAGCAUUUUACACACGGUUGGCUUCUAAGUAGGAGUGCGAUAUAUUGAUUCCAUUCCUUGUGUGUUAAAAGAGCUCUUAGUGUGGGCAUCGAAUAUUUCAAGUAUGGAAGUUUUCGAUAUGGCGAUUGUAAAACGAGAGCCUUUGGACGAAUUUCACUCAGAGAGUUCGUAUCUGGAUCAAUUUAUGGUAGGAUUUGUACUAUGUUUGUAUUAUAUAUAAGUCUAGGAAUGUUUAUUUGAGCUGUGGAAGGGAAUUCGGGUCGAAUACCUUGGAUAUUCGAGAAAUACGGUUGGAGAACAGUCGUAAAAAGCUUUGUGAUGUCAUUUAUGUUUUGACUAUAUCUAUAUGUCUUAUAAGUCAUUUUCAGAAGCAAAUGAUCAAUGAAUUAGUUUGGGGGCGGAAUGCCAUUCAUGCAUUUAAAUAAUAUAAAUCGUUUGGCUUUCUGAUUCUGAGAAGUUUGAACUAUAGUAGCUAUUCCAAUCUGUAUUUGUCUGGUUUUACUGAUGUUUUAACAACAUCGGGUAGUGUCGAAGAUUGUCAAACUGUCAAUUUGAUCGAGUUGGGUGGAAUGUCAUUCAUCUAUGCAAAUUGCAUAAAUCGUUUGGCUUCCUGAACAUGAGAGGUUUUAAACUGCAGUAUGUUUCAAAGGAAGUCAACUCAAGUAUAGUAAACUUCGUGCAGCGAUUGAUUUUUACUGGAGAGAAUUAGAUUAGAUUAUAAUACUGACUUAAAGCGAAUUAUGUACUCGAAUAUGUAUCCCCUACUUUAAUCCCCAUUCCAAAGACCGUAAAGGGCUCUUUCAUAAAACUAACCUAUCCUAAAAGAACUCUUCAUUCUGGGGUUAAGCACGGCUAACACUUAUUUACAACGUAACUAUAGCCUUGGGCUUGGUCAAACUUGUGCAAGAGUUGUAUGAGAUUUGACAAGCGAGAGUUUGCACGAGAGCUUUCUCAAGUCUCAUUCAUCGGUCAAGCGACGACAAGAGUUGCAUGAGAGUUGAUGAAAGUUCACGAGAGUCGAUGAGAGUUUGCGGUCAGCGAAGGUGUAAGAGAAUUGCAACUCUCAAUUGAAUGUUCCGUUAUAACUUUGCUCCAAAGCACAAUAUUAAAACCUGAUCUUUGCAUGCAGGUUAUAAAGCAUCAGUCGUGCAAAUUCAGACACAUUUCUCAAAACGACACUGUCUAACAGAAUAAUAACAAUAUUCAAAAUAAACAAUCUUCUUUCGUUGCACUCAAAACCACCGACAAUCCAAUAUACCACCCUAUAAACUUCACACAUAGUGACGCAAUUGUACAUUCGUAUAUUUCAAGUACACGACGCAUAACUGGUCUAAAACUUCUUUGUAUGUUUAUAUAUCUAUAUAAUCUUUCCUCCUUAGCCGUACAGCAACGAUGUGUUCGAUACGCAGUCCGUCGACUGGCUGUCAAAUUUGGUAGAGGAACGUUCAGUACACUCUCUGGAUCAAAUGGGACAAAUUUCUGAGUACCAAAAUCUAGCACUAAACUCCUUGAAUCAGGACCAAACACUAAACCGGCUAAAUGGCCUCCCUGUGAACCAACGAGGAUUACACGAUGAGAUGUCGGCUAAUAAUUUCAACGCUUAUAACGGAUCGCCGAUUGCGUCGGAAUUCGAUCACCGACUCGAAUCGGGGACACAUGACUUGGACUCCGACAUGAAAUCGUUUUAUUCCACUCAUCAAUUGUACACGCAGAGCUUAAAUACGGUGGAUAGCAUUAUGGAAUUUAGUAACGAAAACUUAAAAGGGUCUGUAAAGGCUGAGUUCAUUGUGCGAUGCGAGGAGGAUGAAGGAAUUCGACUAAGCGAUCACGGCAGUGAUCAUGAUAGCGAAUCAGGUAUGUUGCAUUUUUGUUACUUUUUUUCAGAUACCUUAAUUAUCCAUUGCUACAUUCUUUAAAUGUUUACUAAUACGCUUGUAUUGUGUUUAUGACUAAGCCUCUUUCACAAAAUGCAAAUCAAUUGCCCAAAUAGCAACUUGUAAGAACUGUGUUAAAGUCGCCAUCUUUCACUGCAAAAGUUGCCAGAAAUUGCCCAAAUGGUGCUGAAUUCCUUAAAUAUUUCUUGAUACGUUUGCCACUGUAUUUAGCUCACGGAUAUGCCAAAUCAUUGCUAAUUAACAUAACCAACGAGCAUUUAGUCGCAACAAUUCCAAACAAUAACAGGUCUAGUAUUAUUGCAAAAACAAGGAUGCUUUUGUAUCUUUGGAAACCGCAACACACGCGAAAAAUAAUUAUUGACAUUUUUUAAUUCGUAACAUGUAAGGGGGAACAAAUUUACGAUUAAAUGCACUUCAGGACCCUGAAAUGUUUUAAUUUUCUCAGGUAUAGUUCAGACACAAAACACGGCAGCUUAUUGUAGAAUACUACCUACACUGGACCACCACAUUUGAGAUAUUUUUUUUCAGAUAGUUCAGACAAACCACGGCAGCUUAUUAAAGAAUACUACCUACACUGGACCACGACAUUUGAGAUAUUUUUUUUCAGAUAGUUUACAGACAAACCACGGCAGCUUAUUGAGAAAUACUACCUACACACUGUACACCCACGUUUGAAAUACCGAAACAAAUUUCGAAGCCUAGCAACACCGACAACAUACGCAGCGUUUCAAUUCAUUCGAGCGCUGCGUGCGAGCUGAAAUUCAGUUUAACAUUUAUACAAUUUCGCAACCGGCUUAUCACUUGCAACUGGAAACUAAUUUUGUCCCAAGCAACGGUUUGAAAAUCUAUUAACAAUGGAAGAUUUCAUCGUCAAAUCAACGCAAAUGACUACAGGCACCAGAAAAGUUCUAGUAGGUUAUUCAUGGUGCUGUGCGCUUAUCAUUUUUUAAUGUGCUUCGAAAAUUCCAUAGCACAAUAGCGCGAUGAUAAUUGUAAACAUUUACGAGUUCCAAAGGUUAAAAAUUUGCAUAUCGUUAGGGUUGCGUGAUUUUCGAACGACGCUUUAUAGAUACAGUUUGGUAAAUUUUUGUUACAUAUCUAUGAAUGUUGCAAUACGUUAUAACAAAGAUUUAAUGUUGCAAACAGUCAGAUCUUCAUUAAACCGUUGCUGGUAUUGCUUUAUAUGCAUGCGACAUGCAAUUGACAUUUCGUGAAAUAGCUUUCAAGGAUUUAGAUCACGAAUCACGAUACUAAUAUAUUGGUUGAGAAUUUGAUGUUUUCAAAUAUUAUAGCUACGAAAGUACAGUAUGAUGCUUGUACCGAAAGUUAAAUUUGUGUGUUCAGAAUGGCUGGAAUAUAUGUACGCGAUUCUGAUUUGCAUUUUGUGACUCAUAGUGAGGUUUUGUUCAAUUCAGCUCGAUUAAAAUCAGGAAAGAAAAAAGAAAGUACUAUAUGAGAUAUGCUAUAGGAGUUACACCAUCGUCAUUAAAGUAUUGCGUCGAUAUAGUGCAGGUGUGACAGUGUAAACCUGUUUCCAAGAUACACUUUUAACCCCAAAGCUCUUUGCGUCAAAGUUUCAAGUAUCCAUUAUGCUCACAGACAAUUUUCUCGCGCAAACAUGCAUCUGUUUGUAUUUUCUAAGGGCUUACCCUUAGACUGUGUCGCUCUUAUGCGCAAGUUUUGUUUUGGGAAAGUUUAAUUAAUUGUUAGCCGUUGCGUCAUGCAAAGCCAUUGAAUUGGCUACCAGGAUACCGUUAGAAAGCAUUCAAAAACUUGCUACGUUAAACAAUGCAAUACGUGUUUGCUAUUCGCGUCCUACGACCAACUACCAAUGAAUUAUAUUACAAAAACUGCGUGACGUUUUGAGUGGGGUGUUCGCCGGUUUUAGCCGGAUGUGAUUGGCCCUGAUUGCAACAUUACAAAUAUCACUGAUUCACUAUAAUGCAAGACCAAGAAUGGUUUGAUAUUUGAGCCUUCAACCUUCAAUAAUCUAUUCUACUGUAGCCUAUCUGUUAAUCUAUCAAGCCUACAAAGAUUGGUAGCAAUUGUUCUUGUCCUUUAUUAAGACUGGUUUCCAUAUGGUCGUAACGGUCGUAAAGAUUGAGUCACGAUCUUUCUCAUCAGCCGAAAUACAACAUUUUAGAACUGAGUGAUUAGUAUAACUAGAGAAUACUUAUGAUUUAUAUGUGGUUUACAGGUAUAAACUAUUAUAAACUGGCCUUUGAGAAAGAUCGUGACUCUAUUUUUAUGACCAUUACGCCAUCUGGAAACCGGGUUUAUGUACACAAUAUUAGAUUGUUUUCACAAAACACCAAAUGCUUGAGCUGAAAUUUUAAACUUCUAUAAGUUAUUCAGCGAAUUUUAUGCUAAUUAAUUAAAAACAAAUCAUUGGAGUAAUUUAAUUAGUUCGGCCUACAUAUUUACAAAAAACUUAAAGCGGAUUUAUUCAGAAGGCAGUUAGUCAAACAUUCAAUAUUUUUUAACGAAAAACAAAGCGGUUUAUCUAAUACUAUCUGUAAGGCACAUGUUUUAUAUAUAUACUAUAUAUAUAAAUGCUGUUGGCAAAACAAGCCAUACUUUUCCAUUUAAUUUGUUUCGUUGUAUACAUUCUACGCACGCGUAUCAGCGUAUAAUACAUUCGAACAGGACGUCACUAGAAAGUCAUUUCGAACAUUUUUUGUGAAACAUAUUUUCGUUGCUAUGAUACGGCUUGCGUAGGCUGACGACAUGCUGCAAUUAUGCAGAAUACAAAAAUUGCGAAUGCAAAAUGUAUAGUUAGGUAAAAACUAGGAAAAUUUUAUAAUAACAUCGUCAUCUUUUAAUUUGAAGUUAACACCAUGCGCUGCGCUGCUCUAACAACUUAUAAGUAGUCAAAAAAUACUAUUUAUAUAUUGAGCAUAUUCAACAGCAUGCCUAAAAUUUAUAAUUUUCUCUGAAGAAUUUCCAAAGGCAUCUAUCAAUUCAGCUAUAUAUCGCUUGAGAUAUUUGGACAAGCAUGGGGAAGACCUAUUUCAAACGGAAUUAGAAACUAUCUUAUAUAAUUGGAGCUUGAAAGGGGAAAUGACGAAUAUUGGGAAACAAUUUCCGAUAUGUUGUGCCGUUUAUUUCGCCUACUCAGAAAUGUUUGGAAUAGUUUGUAGUCUUGAGGUUGAAGUUAUAUAUAUACAAAUAUAAAUAUAGAUUCAAUAGAUGAUUUAUGCGAAACGUCCGCCUACAAAUUGCAAUAAGCUGUCGUGGUUUGUGUCUGAACUACCUGAAAAUGAUAUCUCAAAUGGGGGGGGGGGGGGCGUGUAGGUAUAGUAUUCUUCAAUUAGCUGUUGUGGUUUGUGUCUGAACUAUCUGAAAAAGAUCUCCCAAACGUGGCGGUCUCGGUGUGGGUAGUAUUCUUCAAUAAGCUGUCGUGGUUUGUGUCUGAGCUACCCGAAAAAGAUAUCUCAAACGUGGCGGUCUAUUGUGGGCUGUGAUUCUACAAUAACUUAUCACCGUUAACUUUAAAUUCAUCCAGCUUUGGUCUAGAUUUUGCAUUUGUAAUCGGUAGUGUUUUUAGUUUUUUACCACGCUUUUUUACAAGCUGAUAUCAUGCAAUCUCAGUCCCAGUUAAUCACAUAUUGCAGACCUACACAAGGCAUUUGUCUACCUAUACGCAAUCAUUUUGGAGUUAUGCCUGUACUAUAUGCGUACAAAACUCGUUUCGUGAUUUCGUUUGUAAAAAUAUCAAGCUGUGCCUGACGCCAUCGUGGGCGGAGACGGUAUUAUGUACUUCGGAAUAAUUUCACCCACUAAUACCCAAUUAAAAUCACGAUGCUCAAUGUGAAGUUCGACUCCUCGUGAAACGCCCACUGGCACCGUAUGCAAACAGGCUGAGUAGCUGCGUUCAUGUUUUCAUCGUUAUUGUCCCUCGUAUCUUUUCAUUAAGGCCAGGCAUUAAAAUAAGGAUUUCUUACAAGGACACACUUUACGUCCACGCCAAGGGCAACGAUCACUUUGAAGUGUGGCACGCACUAGCUUGAGCACGUCUAAAUGAUUCAUAAUUAAAUUUUCAAUUGUCUGAUGAAAAUUUUUAAAGGCGAGUCCUGAUUUUUGUGGCAUGAUUUCUGCGGAUAUUGCCAUUAUCAUGAAACCGCGCCUAUAGGAAAAUAACUGAAGCCGUUGGUAAUUUUACAGGCGUUUCUUGACAUGUUAUAAACAGAAAAACCAGAAAUAUAUAUCUGGCUAUCAUCAGGCAAUAAACACAUGAUUACUUUAAACAAUAUUGCUGUGGGAAAUGACUGGGAAUUAAUUUUUGCUGGGCUUUAAAUUAUUCUCAACCACUGAGAUUGGAGUUCAAUUCCUGCGAUAUGCUGUUGUCUGAUGAUAAUUGAUGAUGACGUGAUGAUCACGUCAGUCACAUGUGAGAAGAGUGCCUCCAGUUUGAGUCUACCAAACACCGCAGAUUUUCUCCAGGUAUACUGCGGUUUUCACCCAGCCUAUAGUAACACUGGGCCAAUUUAGAAGUGAUGGAAUUAACCAACUGUUUGGAUUAAGGCCAGUGAAAAUCUACCACAAAGAAUGUGCGAAGUGUUGCCUGUGUCUUAUCCAAAAGAGCCUUUCACAGUUGUUUACAAUUAGUUAAAUUUUAACAAGCUAUCUUAAGAAGAGAGCUCUUACAUUGCGGAACUUUUGAUAUUUGCAUGUUUUAAGGUAAAUUGGUAUUUCCAGACCACUUCAAAUUAGGAAGGCAAUUUUCUUUAUAAAUUGCAACCACUCCAGUGAAGUUGAGUGUUCAGAACAGCUCUUUCUUGACACUUUUGAGCGCUAUUUCCCGUUUUUAAUGAGACACAUACAAACUCUGCAAUUAGUCGCUUUCGAAACGAUUCGCCCAAUUGUUGUAAAGAUAAAUAACAUACUAAACUAACUUUAUUUAUACUGGAUAGUUCUAUCAGUUCUAAUUAACUAUCCUCCCUGGAGGUCCAGUAAAGAUCAUCUCUUAUUGAUCCUGUCUCUCCAACAAUACCAGCAAUAAAAACCUGUUAUAUUUUCUAUUAAGUUAAUCUGAAUUACACGACAAAAUCGUUUGGACAAAGCUUGCGGUUAAUAAACUUUUAGAUGUCGUGAUGACGCCGUUUUGCAUGGUGAAUCGCUCACGAAUGAUUUCCAUGGCAACACAUUUUUGCGUGAUCUCCUAGGCGGUUCGAGAGAAGCGCCCCGCUGCUAGUAUUGUGCAGAAUAGAUCGCUCGCUGACGAUCGGGAGAUGUUGAAAAACUUAAUUUAAGUCAUGACGAUAGCGAUAUUGGACCAGUCGGCUAGCGGUCCUUUGAAGUUAGUUAGACGCCAUAUUGUUGAAGGCAGGGGAUGAGGAAAUUACUUAACAACAGCAUACUUUGAAUGGGUAGAAAUUUUGACAAAAAGCCGAGAUACCAGAGUUCCCAAUAGGCAAUUCCAGCUUUUAGUUUACGCCUGCAGGGGAUGAUGGGAAGUAAGGUAUCAUAUUGCUGAUUAUGCUGAAAAAUUUCAACAAAAACUACCGAAACAACCGAAAUAUUUCAAUAUCUACAAGUAUAAGCUAUCAUUCCGUGUUUACACGGCCACCAUAUUUAUUUUUUCGGCAUAAUCAGCAAUGUGAUACCUUACUUCCCAUCGUCCCCUGCACGCAUAAACUAAAAGCUGGAAUUGCCAAUUGCAAGCUUGUAGCCGUAGGCAACCGCAAUUGUACUGUAAAAAACAGUUCAUUAUGUUGAAACUACCGUUUGUUAAGACUCGUUUACACGCUACAACAGUAGAACUGGUCGCCAACGAUUGUCAUUCUGGCGUAUGAAAACGACUGCUGACGCCAUGUAUUAUAUUUGCACAGCUUUGCGCUUUAUGCACGCGUGAUUACGUAAAAACACACAAGUUAUAACAAACGUGCAGCAGACUUGUAGCACAGAAUAGGUCGACUGAGCCAAAAAAGAUAAACCGCUGCCACGCCAUGAUUCGUCAUCAAAUGCUUACACCAUGGUCCUAGCCAGUGCGCUUAUGAGAGGCAUCCCCCCCUGGACGUCCGCCAUUUUGAAUGUUGUCAGGGGGGUGAAUGCCUCAUAAGCGCACUGGCUAGAACCAUGGCGUCAGAUUUUGAUGACGAAUUACGGUUACGCCAAAAUCAUAGGAAAAACCAAGAAGUCGGCCUUCUGUGCAGUCUCUAUUCUGUGCCAUGUUAUUUCCAUAGCUUUGCACUAUAUACACGUGUAAUUACGUAAAAACGCACAAGUUGUAACAAACUGCAGCAGACUUGCAGCAAUGCUGUCCAAAAAACUUGUCAUCAGGAUGUGUUCGCACUGCUUGUUUUCCCAGUUUGUUGACAAGUUGUCAACGGCUUGUUGACAACUUGCUAUACAAGGUUGCUGAACUCAAUAGACUUGUCACAAGUAGUUCCAACAACUUGUCACUGCCCUGCAUUCAACAAUUCAACAACCUUGUUGCAACUUGAUGAAAUACCAGCAUUGUUACAACUUGUUGACGAGCUUGCUACAUGCCUGUUGCGAACACAUUUUGUUGACAAGUUGUGGGAUUUUUACGUGUGUAAAUCUGAUAAAAAAAGAUAUGAUCUUUUACUGGUUGGUUUGUUGCUUUUGCUGAUAUUGACUAAAUGAUAAUUUGCAUGGUCAACCAGGCACUUCAAUAACAGGAUGCCAAUGCAUUCCAAUUAAUUUAAUUCUUUUGACCUUCCAUAUGUGCUGAAGCCAAUAUCAACUCAUUGACCUUGUAUUCAAACCUUUGCAUAUAUAGCAUUGUAUUUUAAAUUAAUAUGGUAAUACCAUGAGGCUAUUUUUAACCCAAAAUGGCUUGGACUUUUAUAUAAAAUGUUUCAUAAAGAAGAAUCCUGACUUAUUUUUAAAAAGUGGGGAAGUCUAAUUUAACAUAAGAUAGUUUUAAAUAAAAAUUAAAUGCAUCAAAUUAUAACUCAUAAAAAUUUUAAACUACCUGUAUUUAACUUCUACAUAACUAAAUUAAUUGGGGUGUGUUAUUAUCCUUAUUCGCAGCUGAGAGCUAAUUGAGCUGAAGGCUUUCUAAGGGCACCUAUGUUUAAUCACGGAGUACAGCCACGGUGGAAGGGCCAAUUAGGGGCUAAUCCCACCCCCACCUUGUCAACUUUCCUGAGGAAAUAAGAGUAACCAGAGAAAACCAUAGAUAUCUUAUAUACACUAGAUAGUGCAUCUAAUUAUUCUGAAAUUCAAAAAUUGAAGCCGUGAUUGCAGACUCAGGAUAUUCCCAUGAAAUGAGAAGACUCGUAUAUGUUUUCUAUUUCUUAAACAGGGAACUUAAACAUUAAGUUAAACCUAUUCCAAAUACAUUUUCAAAAAACUAUUCAGAUGAUGAAAGUUAUUGUUGUUUUUUAAGCGUUUAUUAGCGAGUGGUAAACUCCAACAUGGCCGCCAUCUAUUCAAAUGGGGGUAACCGCUGGAAUAUUCUUGGCUUCAAUUUUACUAAAAGAGAUGCGCUAUCUAGUGUAUAUAUAAGAUAUCUAUGGAGAAAACCAACGAUUUUCGAUAGACGUUUCUCACAUAAGGCGCUUGCUCUAACCAUCGCCCCACCGAAAUCCUAUGCCAAAACUUGUAGUCAGUAAUUAUAAUAGUAUGCAAAGUUAUAAUACAACAUAAAAUAAAAUAAAUUAAGGAUGUGUAUUAAAACUUAUUUUGGCUAGAUGAACGAGAAGUCCCGCAAUCUGAAGAACUAUCUGUAAAUUAUGAAAAUAUCGUGCCCAUAAAAUCGUGUGAAAAAGGUUUAAAACUUAAAAUUCUUAAAAUAAAAUAAAACUUAACGCUUUAAUUGUUUGAUAUUAUAAAACUUAAACUAAACUAGACUUUACUAAACUCUUAACUAAACUAACUUUAUUUGUACUGAAUAUCUUUUAUUAUUCAUUCUAAACUGUUCUUUUCCUAGAGGUUGAGUGAUCCACAAAUACAUGUACGCUUACGUACCUAUUUUCCCUUCAUUAGGUUACGACUCUGGUGCCCACUCUCCCACGUCAGAGACUCCGAGCACGCCUCCCAGGUGUUUAAUGUUGACACAAGUGGAUACUGAUGGAUCUUGUUCCAGUACCGGGGAUGUGACCUCUCCUCUGGAUCAGGUGAGACUAUAAACUAACUUUAUUUAUACUCGGGAUAACUCUAUCAAUUGGAAACUGGUCUUCCAGUUAGAAGUAUCUCUUAUUGAUCCAGUGUUACUAUAGGAGGAAAACUAAACUAACUUUAUUUAUACUGGAUAGCUCUAUCAGUUCUAGACUGUUCUCCCGAGAGGUCCAGUAAGGAUUGAUCCAGUGUUACUACAGAGGAAACCUAAAAUAAGCUAACUUUAGUUUUACUAGAUAGCUCUAUCAGUUCUAAACUGUUCUCCCGAGAGGUCCAGUAAGGAUCAUCUCUUGACUCUUAUUGAUCCAGUACGUGUUAGUACAGGAGGAAACCUAAACUAAACCAACUUUAUUCAUACUGGAUAGCUCUAUCAGUUCUAGACUGUUCCCCCUAGAGGUCCUGUAAGGGUCGACCAUUGUAGCUCCAGUACAAUCUUAAACCUGAAUGUGUUUGUUUUAGACUCAAAACAGACAGCCAUUCUUUCUCUCGGAUGAAGAGAAGCGAACCCUAGUAACUGAAGGCUUGCCUAUACCUGCAGGCUAUCCUCUUACCAAGGUAAGUUGAUCCAUAAUUUCUCAACCAAGACACUGACACUCCCUGACCAUUCAAUUGACUGAUUCAUCAGUUGACCUGCAGGGAUACUUGAUGAGGUAUCCACCAUUACCUUAUGCACAUGGGAUUAGUUUACUUAUAUAUUUUGCAAUUUUAUUCAGUCCGAAGAAAGAGCUCUGAAGAAAGUUAGAAGGAAAAUAAAAAAUAAGGUAACAUCAACUGUUUCUGUCAUGCAUUCCUUCCAUACUCUCUUAACUAAUUUUCCAUAAUCUUCUUCACUCCUUCACUUACCAUUUGUCAGUUCUUUUACAAAUUCUCUUAGUUGGCUAAUUUUCCAUCAACUAUUUAAUUUUCAGAUAUCAGCUCAAGAAAGCCGUCGUAAGAAAAAAGAAUAUAUGGAAACAUUAGAAAAAAGGCAAGUCAUUUAUUCAGGAUUUUCUUGUUUGUUUCUCAACCUAUCAAUGGUGCUUUAGUUUUAGUUUGUACAUUUUAUAUACGAGACUAAUACCACAGAGUACUUACAGACAGAGGUCUCACUUCAGGUUAAUUUAGCGUAAGGGAUUUUUUCAGUCCGCCAUGUUUUUUUCCAGUCCGUUAGCAAGUGUCCAAAAGAGAGGCCGUCUCCCCCCUGAAAACAUAUUGGAAUUUAAUGUUCCAGGGGGAGUGAAUGCCUCUCUUUAGGGCACCUGCUAAGAACAUGGGCGCCAGCUAUUUUGGUAAAAACUACCUUACGGUUUUCCCGCAGAAGUGAGACCUCUGUAUGUAAAUACUCUGUGCUAAUACUGCAUUCUGUUCAGGGUCGAGCUGUGCUCCAACGAAAAUUUAGACUUAAGAAAAAAGUUGGAUUCGAUGGAAAUUGCUAACAGGUAAUGAAAAAUAAAGUAACUCCAAGCAUAAGAUCUUCUCUAACUUUAUAUGCUUCCAAGAAGGUGAAAUAUAAUUUUGUUAAUUUUUAUUUGUGUAGAACACUCAUAAGUCAGCUACAGAAACUUCAAGCAAUCGUCGCCUCGAAGGUCUGCCGACCAACGUCCACGAUUUCAACACAGACUACGUCUAAGGUAUGUGAAGUGCUUGCGUUUUUAAAUUAAGAGUCUAAACUGAAGACUACUAGAUAGUUCUAAACUGUUCUUCCUAGAGGUCCAUUAAGGAUCAUCUCUUAUUGAUCCAGUGUCAUUACAGGAGGAAACCUAAACUAAACUAACUUUAUUGAUACUGGAUAGCUCUAUAACUGAUACUGUUCUUCCUAGAGGUCCAGUAUAAAGAUCAUCUCUUAUUGAUCCAGUGUUACUAUGCUCUAAACUGUUCUUCGUGGAGGUCCAGUAAGGAUCAUCUCUUAUUGAUCCAGUGUUACUACAGGAGGAAACCUUAACUAAACUAACUUUAUUAAUACUGGAUAGCUCUAUCAGUUAUAUACUGUUCUUCCUAGAGGUCCAGUAUAAAGAUCAUCUCUUAUUGAUCCAGUGUUACUACAGGAAGAAACCUAAACUAAAUUAACUUUAUUUGUACUGGAUAGCUCUAUCAAUUCUAAAUUGUUCUUCCUAGAGGUUCAAUAAGGAUCAUCUCUUAGCGAUCCAGUGUUACUAGAAACUAAACAACUUUAUUGAUACUGGAUAGCUCUAUCAGUUCUAUACUGUUCUUCCUAGAGGUCCAGCAAAGAGGAAACCUAAACUAAGCUCUCUCUGCAUGUCUAUACCAGACAGCUCCGUCAAUUGUUAGCUGCAGUUGAGACCGCUUCUUGAAAUGUUACAGUAGGAAGCACUUAUAGUAAUCGAAGCCCAGUCAUUGAGGCAAAAGGCGCACGGUGUAACCAGCGUGGCAGAGUGAUAUUAAAAUGCUUUUCAAUUUUUUUCAGAAGGAAGCAGCAAGCUAGCUGAAAAGCGAGAUCAGUGAAGUUGGUCAGAAGAAUUGAUGCAGAAUGAAAGGCAGUACAGGUGUGCAUACCACAUUGAGAGUGUGACAGGUUUGAGAGGAAUGAACCACAUUGCAACGAGAGAGUGGCUGAAAAUUCCGUGCGAACAAAUUUCAAUUGUAUAUUUUUAUAUCGACAAAAGAGACGAUGAAAAAUGAAAUAAUGACAUCUGUAAAUAAAUUGAAUAGAAAGUCCGGUUUGGACUACCAAAGUUUCUGAGAUCUGUGCAUGGAGUGAAGUAUAUAAUUCCGUGUUAUCUCACUUGGAGGAAAAGACUCUUGAACGAGAUAUGUGUCUUCACGAAGUCUUCAUUUUCAGUUUUCACCAAAGAAAUUUACACUCCAUCAAAACAUACUUUGUUCAAAGAAACUUUGGUAGUAUCAACCGCAAUUGUAAAAUGAAUUGUGAAUGUUCGGGGCUAAAUAGCUCAUUGAAAACAUUAAAAUAAACAUGAAAGCAUUGUAUAUAAAUUUAUUCGAAAAUUUUACUAAUCUAUUUGCAAAUUUUGCCUGACGAGCCCGACACGAAAUUGCAAG